AUGACUGUGUUUACGAGUAUGAUCAAGAAGAUAUAUGGAUUCAGUUCAAGUGGCGAGACAAGGCUUAAAAGAACGUAUCAAAAAUCGCUUGAUGAUGCAGGUAUCAGAGAAAUUGUUCUAGGCCAUGCAGAAAAAAACAUCGUGGAUGGCGAUCAGAUGGUUGUUUUCAAUAGAUUUGGCGACAUAUUCAUUGCCUUUGUCGUUGAAAAUGAAAACGGAAUGUACAUACUGUCUUUGAUAAACAACCUCAUGUCGAUAUACGACAGAUUUUUCAGUAAAGUCUGUGAGCUUCACUUCAUUUACAACUUCAAGGAGACUCAUCUCAUUCUCGAUAACUACAUCGUGAAUGGAAAGUGCAUUUCUAGCGACGCACUUGAAGUAAUGAAGCAGGUAGACUGCCUGAGGUAG